AUGGCCACCAUCACCUCCAUCGGCAUCGGCAACAUGGGCGCCGCCCUGGCCUCAGCCCUCCUCAAAUCCCCCACGCCCCCUAACCUCACCAUCUGGAACCGCACGGCCGACCGCCCCCACGUCAAAGCCCUCAUCACCGAGGGCGCCGUCUUCGAGCCCUCCCUGACCUCCGCCAUCGCCCGCAGCAACACCAUCCUGAUCUGCCUGCUCGACUACCCCUCCAUCACCACCGCGCUGGCCCCCGUCCUCGAGGAGACCACGACGACCACCACCACCCCUCACCCCCUAGCCGGCAAAACCAUCAUCAACCUCACCAACGGCACGCCCAACCAGGCGCGCGCCAUGGAAGCCACGCUCAAGCGGCUCGGCGCGGCGGCCUACUUCGACGGCGGCAUUAUGGUCACGCCGCAGCUGGUGGGCACGCCGGCGUCGUUCGUCAUCCUCAGCGGGGAGAGCCAGGCGCGGUUCGACUCCGCCGACGAGAACGACAACGAGGGCGGUGGUCAUGUGGCGGCGUUGCUGAAGCCGGUGGGCGCGGUGCAGUACGUGGCGGCGGACGCCGGGGCGGCGUCGCUCUAUGAUGUGGCGGCGCUGACGGCCAUGUAUGGAAUGUUUAUGGGUGCGUUUACGGGGAUUGCGCUGCUGCGGAAGCAGAAGCGGCAGGAGCAGGUGCAGGGUGGGGUGGGGGAGAUGGUGGCGGCCAAGCCGGCGGUGGAUUCGGUCAUGGUGCCGGUGCUGACGGCGCUGGUGCCGUAUGUGAGCCUGCUGGCGGAUGGGGUGGAUAAGGAGGAUUGGAUGGAGGACUUGGGCAAUCCGCUGGCGAUGCAGGCGGCGGGGAUGCGGAAUAUCCUGCAGACGUGUGAGGAGGAGGGCGUGGAUGGGACGGGGAUGCGGUUUAUCUCCCAGCUGAUGGAUCGUGCGGUGGAGGAGGGCUUUGGCGCGGGCGGCGUGGCGACUAUUGCGAAGUACCUGUUCAAGUGA